CGCUUUCUCGACCCGACGGGCUCAUAUCGCAUUUUAGUGGCGCCUCGUCUCGUCCUCGUCGGGUCGAUACGAUACGAUACGGGGAGGGGAGGGAGGGAGUUCCCAGGAAGAGGGAGAAGGUGGGCGUCGCUGGCUCGUCGCUCGUCGCUCGUCGCGCUUGAGCUUCCGCGCCGGCGGUUGCGAUCGUGGUGUAAUCGUCUGUGGUGAUUCGUGUGUGCGCGUGUGGCGGGGGAGGGAGAUGAUGGUGCGGGUGGUCGGGCUUGCUUGCCAUUCUUGAAUCCAAUUCCGCGAGAGAGUUUGUGGGUUCUGGUGCAGCGCCGGGCGGAUUGAUUGAUGGUGCGAUCACCGGUGUCCCCUGCUGCUGCUGCCGCCGCCGCCGCUGCUGAGUAUUUAGUGUUGAUCGUCGCAUCUUUGUACUGAACUGGAUCAGUUCACGCGUCUCCGGGAAGUGCGUUGGAGACGCGUCCCAGGGAGAAGCGUUUCCGGGAUCAAUUUGGCCAUCCCUGUGCUUCGCGGUGACGAACUCUCUGUUGUUCGUGACAGAUGAUAUCUGGUGCCUCAGUAGAAAGCGAGUGAGCCCAAGCUGGCCGAUGGUGGUACGAUUGAGCUGAAUUUGUGGCAGAAUCGAAGAGUGUGCUCAAUUUUGUACUAGGCCGAGUGAAGUGUCAAUCCGUGAAGGCGGCGUUGCUCCAGGGCAUGUAAUUGCGUGGAUUGGAUUUUGAUUGGAUACAUUUACAAUUUGGAACGGGAGGUCAUCGGUUCAGUGUCGGCGGGUAACGGAAUUCGUACUGGAUGUUCAUCUCAGCACUCAUUUGCUACGGACCUUUACUGUAACUCAAGCAAUUGAAGGAUUUGGUUUUGAGAUCGCCCCGUUAGUGAACGUGCUGGCAGUAGGCUUUCGCCUACAAAAGUUUUGCAGUUGUCAAUCGAAAGCUCUGAUCGAGUGCCAUCGCUCUCGUCUUCAUGUGUUUCAAAAUUUGCUGAUAUGCUCAUCUGCUGUAUCGAGCACGAUCGGGCAGCAUUCGUGUCUUAGAACAGCCGAGACAUCGUUGUGAUGUUCCAUUGAAUCUUCUCCCGCACGAAGUACGAAAUUUAAAUGGUUGCAGCGUGUCCUGGAUUCGCAAAUUCUCCACGCAGAUGCAGGAAAUUUUAAAGGUGGCAGUCAGCUUCAAUCCUUGUGGUGAUUACCUGAUACCUAGGGCUGACAAUGUGGCUGCCACAUGAUGAGCACAUGUGUGUAUGAUUAUCCAUCUAGGCCUUAAACCCUAUACUCAUAUACUCCUUCAACUGGCCGGAUACAAUUUGUACCAGAGUGCCCCGCGUUGAUUCACGAUCGGGAACUUCCGUACUUCCAAGUCAUGGUGCAGCUGAUGCAGUAGUCUGAUGGUUUCAUGUGGUGACCACCUUUUUCCGGAUCAAACCCCUCUCCAGAGUGAUCACAUGCCGCCGAUGAUUUGAGAAAGUCAAUGAUUUGUAAGAUUCUGGAUCGCUUGCCAGAGACUGCAUGUCAGCUCACAAGGAUUUGGACGUAAUUAAGUAGAUGUCCAAUAUUGGCCCUUGAAUGACGAUAGGGCAAUUUUGUGGGCACACGUUUGGAAAUGUUGGUGGUGGUUAUGUUAGGAGAGUUGAGCCGGCUAACAGCCUUCAUGAUUUUUUUCUGGCUGGUUGCUCUCUGAUUUGAAUGGCCUUGGAGACAUAGCUUCGCACAGAAGCGUAUGCCACAUAGCAGAGACAGCUGUGGAGAGUGCCUGCGGGGCAGUGGUUUGCAUGGACGACUCCGAAGGCGAGCAAUUGCCUAGUGGCCUAGUGCCUGAUCAAAUUGACGCGUAUGCGGCGUCGUUUGCAAAAUCUUUAUCUGUUGACAAAGAGCGGUGGACCAAGGCAGAGCUCCGAACUGCAGAGAUUAUUGAUAAGAUUCAGCCCACGCGUGCGUCAGAGGAACGCAGGAAGGCCGUCGCAGAUUUUGUUAGGGGCCUCAUCUGCAGCUGCUUUGAUUGCAAGGUAUUUAUGUUCGGAUCAGUUCCCCUACUAACGUACCUUCCUCAUGGUGAUAUUGAUCUGACCAUCGUUAGCAAAGAUCAAUCCAAGAAGGAUUCUUGGGCCACUGCCGUUCGUCUUGCGUUAGAACGAUCAGAUGAUGCCGAAUUCCGAGUUAAAGAUGUCCAAUACAUUCAUGCAGAGGUCAAACUUAUCAAGUGCCAUGUUGGGAAUAUCGUUGUCGAUAUAUCUUUCAAUCAGCUUGGUGGGUUGUGCACUCUCUGCUUCCUUGAUGAGGUAGAUGCAGUGAUUGCUGACAAUCAUUUUUUCAAGCGGAGCAUUAUCCUUGUUAAGGCGUGGUGUUACUAUGAAAGCCAAAUUUUGGGUGCUCAUCAUGGCCUCAUUUCGACCUAUGCACUGGAGACACUGGUUCUGUACAUUUUCCAUGUCUUUGGCAAGUCUAUACGUGGACCUUUGGAGGUUCUUCUCAGAUUUUUGGAGUUUUUCAGCAAGUUUGAUUGGCAUAAGUACUGUGUCAGUUUGUGGGGACCCGUUCCUAUAUCGUCUUUACCCGAGAUGGCCGCUGAGUCGCCGAGGAAGGAUGGAGGGGAGCUUUUACUCUCCCAAGCAUUUUUGAAGGGGUGUGGUGAACAAUAUGCUGUGUUUCCGGCUGGACAAGACAACCAGCAACGGACUUUCAAUGCUAAGCAUUUAAACGUAGUGGAUCCACUACGUCCUGGUAACAACCUCGGGCGCAGUGUGAAUCAAGCAAACUUCAACCGCAUAAUAGGACUUUUUAGCCACAGUGCAGAUGAACUGCUCAAAAUUUUGCUUGAUUCGAGCAAGGACAUUGUUGAACAACUUGAGGACAAACGCAAGGGCUUUUUUAAAAGGAUCAAAAAGAGACUUGAUAAGCUUGAAGAAAAGCGCCCCGAUGCUCCUGAUUUUGUACCACGGCAAAAUCUAAUCGCUGCCGGAUCUAAUCAUCGAAAUGGAUACGGGCCAACAGCUAUGAAGUCGCAGGAAAAUGGAGACUCUAUUCGCACCUACGGAGCUGAGACAUACUAUGUGGACCCAAGGUUUCAUCACAAGCCUCCAGGAUGGUGUUCUGACUUUGACCCAAGGACGCAGACAAUUACUCGUGCGGCAGCGCAGAUGGUUGGAAAUCAGGUACAAAUAGAGUCCUCUGCUAUGCCACAUAGGGGAGGCGAUUCAAACUUUGGCAAAGGUGCAUCUCCUGAUACACCUCACGACAACGGGGUUUCUGUAGCCCUUAGCAAUGGCAGUUCGACUGCCUUCGAGUCAUCUCAUGCCAAUUACGUGGGUGGUAAGGGAUCCCAGGCUAGAAUCGAAGUCUUUGAAAAGCCGAAAGGGCAUAGUCGAAGAACUAGUUUAGAUUUACCCAUUGCGGAUAUGUCUGAUCAUGGAGUGAAUGGAAGCAGACAGUGGGGUGACGCAAGGGACCUGGCUUCUAAUGACUUCCACGGCAGUGAGCUAGGAGAUUCAAAGUCCAAUAGCGAAGAUUAUCCAUCCAAAGGUACGGUCCCAGGGGGCAAUAGAAGUAAGCAUCCUGGAUCGAGUGUAGGAAACAAUCAUGUUGGUUCAACGGCAAUUUCUCAAGCGACAGGUGUGGAGUCUGCACGAGUUAACGUACAUAUCGCAGCUGAAGAUUCCUCUGAGGGAACAGCACCUUCAAGAGGGAGCGCAAAUCCAGGUUUAGAAAGAGACUCUCGUCGCGGAGGUUGGGCAGGUGAGCAGACAGUUUACAGAGAGACUGGAGUAGGUAUAGACGGUCAGGGACAUACUCAACAUAGAGUGCAGGAUUCAAAUAGUAGAGGACAGCCAAUACCUCUAACUAUACCUCUUCUUUCCCCCUUUGUACAAAUUUCUUCUCUACACUCUGGUCAAAUGCCGAUGCACCUUGCCACCUCAAUGUCCAUGUCUUCAACAAUUGGACAUCCGUCUAUGACUCUUUCCGCCCCCCCUCCCCCUCCUCCUUUAACCAUGCAUUCUGUUCAUGUAGGUGACUCAUCUUUAGGACUAGGUCACCGAGGUCCUUAUUUCAACAUUCCCCGUGGUCCCCCAGCACCACCAUUGCCCCCUAGUUAUUACCAUGGCCCUUCUUUCCCUCAGGCAUCUGGAGAAAAUUCGAACACAGUUAAUAGCAGGAUAUCAGCUUAUCCAGCGCAGCAUGUAGACGACAAAUUCAUGGAACAGCAACAUCGGGACGCAUGGCAGCAGGUGGAACAAAUUCCGGUCCAUGAUCAUCAACAGCAAUACGGUGUUCAUCUUCCAGUGUCCAAUGGUGCUGCAUCUGCCUCAUCGUUGUCCCAACAUACGGACUCUGACUCCUCUGUGAAUACGACGGUAUCACGUGUCCAGACCCCAGCAAGUGUCAGCAAAUCUGGAAGUAGUAACAACUUGGAAUCAUCAUCCGACUCAACUGCUGCGCACGAGGUUUUGGAUGAUGCUCCAGUUGAGGAAAACGGGAAGUCUUGGCUGGAGGAUGCAGAAACUGGAAGUAGUUCUUCCACAAGAGGAAAGUUCACCCAUCCUGUAUCAGAAGGGAUUGGCAAGGGGCACAAAAAUUCGAAGUCCAGCAGGGAGAAACGAGGCCUACUGAAAAACAAGAACAAUGGUAACGAUGAAAGCGUGGAAUCUGUGCAGUCAGUGGAUGUUUCUUCUAAUCCAAGUUCAACCGCCGAGAGCGUGGUCCGCUGGCCUGCUUCGGACGAUCCAGUCACCGUGACACAAGGAAGUCCUCAGAUGGUGCAUUCUCCAGCAUCUGUCGUCUAUCCAAAUUUGUUACCGUCAUCUCUUCCCCUUUCGGGAAAUGGGAGCAUGAGUGCAGAAAUGUCUCCAUACUCACCUCCACCAUUGUUGCCAUCCCAUCGUACCUCGGGUGCACUAUCUGCACUUCCUACUCCAAGUCAACCCCAGAUAUCUUCAAGUUCUGUCAUAUACCCCGUCGGUACAAGUUCAUUUCGACCACCUGUAACUGAACUUGUUAGCGGAUCGAUUACUUCUGGGUCAUCCCAGCGGCCAAGGCAAAUGGAGUCCGCAUCUAUUCACCCACCUCCGUUCUAUCCACCAGGAAAUUACUUCCCGUCUAUUUACACUGCAUAUCCCUUUUAUUACCACAUGGGUGUAGAGUUCUUAAGUGGGUUUUCUCAGUUCGGCAGCUCUGUGGAAAAUUUCAACGAAAGUAACGCAGCUCAAGCUGCCGAAAGCUUGCGCUUGAAAGGUGGCCAUCAGAAGGGUGCCGGGGUUGGGGAUAAGCUAAAGGCGCAGGGGAUUGCUACCCGUGCCAGUUUCAAAAUGGAUCUGACUACGGCAGAUAAUCGAAUACCUGAUGCGAGUGAUUCAAAGGAUGCGAAGCUUGAUCUUCUAAAGAGCGACUUCCAAGAUCACUUGUAUAAUCUUGAUCUUGCACGACAGUAUCAACACGCACCUGUUCAAGCUUACCCGCAGCCAUCUUACCAGUCGCCCUCAACGAAGUAUUAUCCAAAUUUUCGUCAAUGGGAAGGUCCAGGAAGACCUUUGGCUCCCCAGAUGAACAUGCUCCCUAAUGUGAUGAGUCAUGGCCAUGGUAUUGUCCAGGGACCUCCCCCGAUGAAUUCCUCGGGACGCAUGGUUGGUAACUAUCCUCGUUCAUAUACGGGUCCAGUUGCUUACGGAGGCGAUGAGCAGCCUAAGCCCCAUGGGGGAACGGGCCCCUUCUUGCCGACUCCGAGACCCAGUUUUUAUCGAGACAGGCAGUCCUCUGGGAGCAACAGGAAUCAACACGGAGGCUACGUUCAAGAUCGCAACGACAAGGGUGACCGAGAAGGACAUCAAGGGCACACACCACGGUAUCGAGGAGUGGGGCGUGGACAAAGCAAGUAUGAGCCUCGCUCUCAAAAUAAUAAUAUGGUUGGUGUUGAUAGGAACAAUGUUGAUGUGAAGGGUGGAGAGAGGGGUAGGGAUGGGCAGAGGCUGCAAGAUGGCCUUCGAAGAAAUUCAGUACAGUCAGCCCCCAGUGCCACACUUGCUUCACCAAGUCCAGGACAGUCCACAGUCACAGUUUUGCCAGCCACAUCUGUUGGGAUGCCAGCAGGAAUUUAUUCUGUGCCAAUCAUGACAAGCAAUGGCAAGUCAUCAGCUUCUGGAAUGGCGGGAGCACCGAUAUCUCCAGCUGGUCAUGUCAUGGUCUAUCCAUAUGAAAACAGAGUGGGUUCUGUGACCGAACCACUGGAAUUUGGAUCUCUUGGACCAGUUCAAGCUGGAACAACCCAGGGAGGGAAUGAGAUGGACAAUGGAGCUGCUCAUGCUCCUAUCCCACCAGGGUCUGCCAGCAUGUCUUUAGCUUCAGGUGAUAGGAGUUCACAUGGACCAUCUUCCCCAAAGCAAAGGUAAUUUUUUACUCUCUUUUUACACCCGAGUUGUUGCGGAUGCUCCUAAGUUUCAGUGGUUUCUGUCAAUGACCAGAGUGAUGAAGAAAUCUGGAAUUUCUUCCCACCUUUCACAUGACCAGAACAGGAUUGGGUCGUUGUUCUGUCAAUUACUGGUAUUAGUGUACAAUACGUGUAGUUUCCCACUUCAGGCCACUUUCCUUUACGAGUGCGCAGCUCCUACUGAUUCCAACCUUAGGACACCCUGCCCAGACUUUAAACCGCGUUUGUACAACACCUUCAUUUAGAGAGAAAUACAUAUUCGCUGUGGGGUAGGUAGAUUGAAGACAUUGUCGUAGGAAAUUUCGGUCGGAGUCGAUGGAUUACACAGAAGGUUCAGUAGUCUGUCCUUGUGCUCUCCUUCUUAAAGCUCGGCAGGUCUCUUUUCAAUGUGAUGAGCAGGAGACAUCUUGGGGAGUGAAUCAGGUCAAGUUGAACUCGAAGGUUGAGCAAGGUGUUUCAAGGUUUGUUGGGGUGAUGGGAGACAGGGAUUGCUCGGGGUAUAGAGAGGGUAUUGACCAAUUCUAGGUUAAGAAAGGUCGGUCACGCCUCGUGCCCAAUGGGAGAUUGGCAGCCGUGUUUCUGCGCAGGGUUUUCAUUUUGAGAACCCGCCAGAUAAGGUGACUAGGUGUUUGUUCCUCGUCCUUGGUUCAAAUUUAAUACAAGUACAUCCGAGAAGGUGGUGAGACCAUAUGUAUCCUGAUCCUGACUCAGUCCUCUCUUGGGGCAGAGUUUGCUCACCAUUCAUGGUGGAAUACUUACAAAGCUGCCCAAAAUUGGUGCUCUUUUUCCUCCAGUGUAGUAAGCCUAUGUUGCCCUUUCAUUUUCUCAUCUAGAGAACUGCGUGAUUCUUGUGUUGCAACGUACUUUUUCAAAGUAAGCCGGGUCUUUUUUAUUUUUAUGCAAAAUUUGAAGUUGGAAAAGUCUAUGAAAGGCCCAUUAUAUAAUUGUGUUGGCAUGGGGUGCUAGUAAAGACCAGAGAUAGUAAUUCUCUAGUCAAUGUGAUUGAGACAUUUUCAACCGGUUGGGCGUCCACUGGGCGUGAUAUAGGCAAUCACAUCUUUUGACAAUGAUGUUGAACUGAGGCUGACUGUCUCGGGUGGAUUCUCAGAGUGAUGCAAAGGACGUAUCAACUCAAGGAAGAAGAUUUCCCCCCUUUAUCUUUUCGUGGACAGCAUGGAAGCAGUUCUACAGGCUAUAACAGUGGAAGCAGUGCUAGUAGUCAGGUCUCCCCGUUCCCAGCGUAUGUCGAUACACCCUCCUCAUGAGGACUUUAGAAUUGAUGGAGGGAUAGAGAAAAUCAGAUUGCUUUUAGUACAACAACUUGAGGCUAGUUUAGAAAAUUGUAGGAUGAGUUCGAAGCUUCUUCGUGAGGACUGCAUGUUCUGUUCGUCGGAGGGCAAAUGUGAGCAGGGAUUUAGUUACAUAGGUAUCAGACCUUGAGGCUACAGUAGUCUUUACCAUUGUGGAAGAGCUUAAAGUAUCGGACUUUUUGAGUAGUAAGUAUUAGUUACUGAUCUUCAGCUGUGCUUACAGAAUUUAGAGCACAGGAAGUAGGUCAGUCAGCAGAGGCAGAAUCUAGGUAGUUUUAACGUGUUGCAUCUUUAUGCAAUAUUUAAUGCAAGGAGGUGACAUUGUGGCUCCCGGCCUAUUGGUUGUGGUUUGUACCCAGCUUUCAUCAUGGAUUACUCGCACGGAAAUGUUGUUGUAUGAGGUCGUUUCCGUGAACUGGCAUGAGAGAGAUCGCAUAUAGAUGUGAACCCAUACGUAUGCAUAUUUAAGUCUGAAACCAAGAACCCCUUGUACAGCCGAAUUAUGAUCAGGCUGGGCGUUCAUUCCUUAGCAUGAACUGUGUCGACAAUUAUAUUUUGGAGACUGAGUUAGCCGAGCACCGUGAGGCUUAUUUCUUUUCAUUAAAUUUCCGCCUGAUGAGUCAAUUUUAAAAAUUGAGCUCAUGUUUGGAUGUGAAGCCACAACCCACUGGACUGACAAGGUGGAUAGUAGGGUUUAUUUUCGCCAAUCUAAAUCCAUCUCCACAGAAAUGUCGUUGCGGUAGUUUCUUUGAAAAGAUGGUACUGGAUUUUACUCUUGGUAGAUGAGCUCCUCUUAGAGGCGAUUGUAGACUCUGUAUGCAUUCUUGGUGUGGUUUGUAUUGACUAUCGGAAUCUCUGUACCUUUGGCCAACUAUGUCAUGUGGUAUAUCAAGUGAAUAAUGAAUUCCCAGAGUUCCGGGUGGGAGUAGAGUUCGUAAGGGUGCGUCCGGGGUUUGUCAGUUCAAACCUUCGUUGACUUCUAUUUCGUUCGUAGUUAACUCGUCUUCAAACACCUGGUUUCGUUGUAAUGGUUGACUGAUAGAUGGGUCAAGUCUGUUGAGCUGAAACCUGAACGUGCACUGUAAGCCGACUUACUUGUGUGUCCACCUAUUCACUAGUCUGCUUACUCUCUCUUCCUUCAUAGCCACUCCUUCUGAGUGUUUGUUGUUUCCAGUUCACCUUAGUUUCUAGCACCUUCCACCAGAUCUUGUGCUUGCUCCUGUCGAAGCUACGGCAUGCACUGCAACAUGGGUAAACAAAUCUUGGACUGAAUGCAAAUGCUGAGUAACUUUGUCCUGGCACCUACCUCUGUGCGAAUUAUCACCCCAGUGGAAUUUAGUGGAAAUUCUUCUCACUAGAAAAUACUGGACUUUGAUGUGUAAAACCAUACAGCAGUUUGCAUUUUGCAAGGCGGUCUGGAUGCCACUCGAUGUGACUAUUCAUAGAUAUCCGUAGGCGUGUUGUAUUAGGUUGAUCUAUAUACGUGUAGAUUAUGAGAUGUUUGAUCUUGCUUCAUUCCGGAGAGAUAUUUGAGAGUUGUUCACUCUCUAGCUUUAACGUAUUAAGCACCAACAUGUGCUUGUCUACGCCUAGGUGUGAGGACGUCUGUAGAUAAUUAGGACCCGUGGCUUUGGGGGCUUGUAACAAACUUUAUUUGUUUUGCCUGUCGUAGUCUCAAUACCAUGGACCCAUAUGCCUGAGCGGAGCUUAUUACAAAGACAUUCUGUAUGUCUGAGACCUGUGUUAACUAGUUUAAGGUGAAAAAUUACGCAAGCACUGAGCUGAAUGUUGUCAGUCCUGCAUUGGGGUCCAGUGAACCGAGCCUUUUAGAGAAUUUCAGAUUGAUAUUUUAUGUAAUAGGUACCGUGUAAACCAUGGAAAAGGUACUCAUACCUGCCUUGAUUGUGUGCCACGAAAUUCAUCGGUAUUCUCGAAUGAUGAACCAGAAAUGAUCUACGGGGUUAUGGUUCACAUUCCUCAGUUUCGACAUAGAACCACAACUGACAGGAACAUCGUGGGCUUUUCACGUCGUUGGAAAUGAGGACUUCAUCAGCAUAUUAGGAUGCAGCUCCAACCCCAAGGUUUUGUUCAGACUAAAUUCAACUCCAGCGGAACCUCCAGGAAUUACUCCCCGUUUCAGUUGUCCUGGAGCAUAGAUCGGGUUGGAGUACAGUUCUUCACAGUAGUGAUAGUCUCUUAGAUCUUAGAACGCACUUAGUUUUAAGGGUUUCGAUGAGUGAUAAAUCAGUGUAGAGUUUGCAGGUCAAGGAAGCGGCCUAAGAUACUCGACCAGUGGAUGCUCUGAUUGUGAUUUGUAACCGAAGGCAGUGUUUUUCAUGCCACCAAGAGUAUAUUUUCAUCAUGCA